AUGCCGCCCAAAGCUACUGCCCGGCGGGCGAGGGCCGUGAAGUCGGCCUCCCCUGUUCCUGCCUCGCGCAAGGCCGGGGGCCCCAGUCCAAACCUCGGUCCCAGUUCAAACUUCGGUGGCGGCAUGUUGCCAAAUAUCCCGGCAAAGGCAUCGUUUGCGUACGGCUCUUCGGAAUCUCCAAUUCUCCCGUACAUGCUGGAUGCAAAGCCGGCGAUGACUUUGGAUGAAGUGGCCGAGCAGCUUAAAGAGUCUGUCGAUGUCGCCAAAGAGCGCGAAAAGACGCCUCCAUACGAGUCCCCGGCCAUGGGGACGCGCGCGCGCAGGUCCGCCGAGAACUCACCGCGAAGGAACCUACGGCUGCCGACGCCGGACGAGAUACAGCUGCUCAACUCGCUGGAGGAGGCUUCGUCGGCGUCUGCGACACCGUCGACCCCGACUCGGCAUUCAUUCUCUUCGGGCUCGAGCGUCAUAGGCUUCACUCAGAAGCAACUUUACCCCGCCGCGAUGGAGGCAACGCCGAUCCAGGCGAAGAUUCCGGUUGACGACAAGCUGUACGGGCUGGGCUUGGACAACAUGUCGGUUAUCUCUUAUAACUUGGAGAGGGGGGUUCAUGACGAUGACCUCAAGCGGGCGCGCUCGAAUAUCACCGCGCCCCCUCGACGGAUAUCGGGACUCGACCUCAAACACAGCGCUAUUGAAGAGGAGGACGAGGAUUUCGCACGCACGCCGUCAGAUUACGGACGCACCGCAUCCGAGGCGUCAUACGCCGCGGCAACCAAAACUCCCAUCCGGAGACACAUUCCGAUCUCGGACAGCUCGACCGUUCAGUGGGAGAAAGCCACAAACGGGUGGAUUCCGUUUCUUCUUCGAUGCGCUGUCGCGGCAAUGGUGUUGUUCGGGGUUUACUCGAUGUGGACCAGCGGUUCUUCCGACGUAAAGCCUAUCCGCUCCAACAACAGCGACCUGAACGCGCUGUCUAGCCAGGUGGUGCACCUAGGGGCACAGGUUUCUUCGCUAUCAAAGGAUAUGAAGUCGGUUCAGGCAGAUAUCAGCAAAGCCCCUGCGGCGACGACCGUCUGGCAGUACCCGGGCAAAAAAAGCCCGGAGAUCAUCAAGACCAACUUUCUCACCAUGGGCAACGGCAUCAUCGUGGAUCCAUGGCUGACAAGCCCUUCCGCCGCGCGCAAGCUAACAUAUCUCCAAACAUUCUACUUUUGGCUCGCCGGCAACAAGCAUAUGAAAACGCAGCCACCGCUUACCGCCACGGCGCCGUGGAACGACUUUGGCGACUGCUGGUGCAGUGCGCCGAAGAAGGGAGUGACCCAGCUCGGUGUACUUCUGGGGCAACGGAUUAUCCCCGAAGACAUUGUGGUCGAGCAUCUGCCAAAGUUGGCGACCAUCCGGCCCCAGGUGGCUCCGCAGGAUGUUGAGGUGUGGGCGCGGUACCGAUACGUCGGCAAAGGCCGUCCGUACCUGGAAACAUGGCUUGCGUUCUUCCUGGGGUAUCCCAAGAACAUCGCCGGACAAGAUUUCCUGCCGUCUGACCGGGCAUUAGUCCGGCCACCUGUGAUGGAGGCCCUUCGAUCGGCGUGGCGGGGGGAGUCGGAGACGAAGUUUUCCAACGAUAGGCAGCUUGGACCGGAUUUCUACCGCAUUGCCAAGUUCACGUAUGACAUCAACGGGGCGCACCACAUCCAGAAGUUCGCGGUGAACGCGUAUAUUGACUCGCCUGAUCUCCGCGUCGACAAGGUUGUUUUCCGGGUGAACUCGAAUUGGGGCGGCAACGAGACUUGCAUUUACCGUCUGAAGUUGCUUGGGAGGCUGUAA